GCCGAGGUCCGGGAGCGACGUGGGAGGUCUGCAGAGCUCCGGGGACGCAUGAACUCUGAACCAAGAAGCCAGAGAGAUACAGUGUGAGGAGGGGGAGAGGAAGAGGAGGAACGGGCCUGCUCUGUACUCGUCUUCUCAGUGUCCCUCCUCAUGGCGGAAAGCGGGUGUCCUGCACCUGACACCCUCCCUCUGGAGGCCCUUGAUGGCGCCCCUCCGAAGGAGGAGCUGUGGAAGAGCACAAGCGCCUCCUCCGCACACCUGAGGCCCAAGGAGAGUGGGCUGGAGCCACCGCAGGAUGGCUGCCAGGGCGGGGCUUGCACCCCGGAGGUGGCAGCCCGCCGCGAUGGGGCGCGGCCACGCUGCUGUGCCGGGCCACUGGGGGGGGUGGAGAACCACCGGCCCUGUGCAGAAGAAGGCCGCAACCCGGCAUGGAAGGAGAACCACGUGGCUUCAGCAAACAACAUGGACCAGAGAGGAGACCGGCUGGAGCCGGCCAAGCAGCCUGUGCAGCGCAGUCACUCAGACAGCCUGCAUAUCUCCAGGGAGACCCCAAGGCCCCAAGUCAGGGAGGCGGGCUUCCCCUGCCAGUGGGUGAACUACUGCAGCCGGGAGACACCGGGCUGCCCCUCGCUAGUGUGCAAACAAGCCAUGCAGCUGCAGCAGAACAACACCGUCACUGUCUGCCAGUGUGGCGGCGGCAGCCCCGCCCACCCACUCAGCAGUGUCCAGAUUUGUGUGCCCAGCGCUGGGGAACUGGAUGCCCCGCGUGUCGGUUGUGGGGAGACCUGCUACGGCCCCCAUGUACACGCCUGUAGCCUGGGAGACGCGUGUGCAGCCUUCUGCCACCACCUGCCCAUACCCGCACCUGUGCCCCUCCCGCCCAGGCUGGUGGAUGGCGAGCGUGGGGGCCAGAGGGCGCCGCAUCACCACGUCGACAGGCUGGCCUUCCCCCGGCUCGUCACCUCCGUCAGUGAGACGGGGCUGGACACCAAGAGCGUGACGUGCUGCUGCGGCGGGGAGCAUGUAGAGCGGAGCGCGGCCCGGCCAGGGGAGGGCAGGCAAACCCGGGACACGGGCACCAUGACGACCCACUGGGACCUGAAGGAUGUGGGCGUGCAGGUGGGUCAGCCCCAGUCCACCACACCGCCACACGUGUUCCCCGAGGUCAGCCUGGUGGAGGAGACAGAAGCUGAGGAGGCAGCGACCCAGAAGUCCCCAGUGAGGGAGGUGGCGUGGGAUGCAGAAGGCAUGACGUGGGAAGUGUACGGUGCCUCUGUGGACCCCGAGGAGCUGGGCCUGGCCAUCCAGAAGCACCUGGAGCUGCAGAUCAAGGAAACUGCGAGUCGUGCCGCCAGGCUGGUCCGCCAGGACACGGCGUCAUCCCAGCAGAGCGGGCGGCGCAGGAAGAGGGGCGGAGGCAGCGUGAUCAGCUCGCUGAGGAAUCCCACAUGCUGUGUCCGCUCCAGUGCGGCAGUGGACUGAGGACGGCGCCACACAGAGACUGUGUGGAUGGGCAGUGGCAGCCAUAAAGUGCAAAAAAUUAUGAGGGAAGGAGAGAGGGAGGGACAGGGCAUCAACAGGCUGGCCCAGGCAGACCGCCACUGGCAUCACCCACAGACACUGCCUUCACUUCCACCAGAGAACCUGGAAAUGCACUGUGCUCAGAUCAGUCUGUGUCCCCUUUUGCCAGACCUGCCAUCCUCUGCAUUCCGCAUCAGCGGGCACGCCAAAAUUCAGCGUUGCCCACGCCUUCGCCCACCCAAAAGACGGGAUGGGAAAUGGGCUCAGGCGGCUCGCCCACAGCCGACGGCGGAGGCGUGAGCCGUAAACAAAACAACGAGCCGGCCAAGCAGCGACAACAAAAGCUGAGUCAUUUCGCCAACUGUACGGAAGGAGGACCGGUGGAAAAAAAACUCAGUGAUGGGGAUACGAUGGUCAGUGCUGUUAUCACGAGAGAAACCGAGGGUCUUUAUAACUUCUGGUGAAAGUUAUAUAUUGUAGCUGUAAAUACCCCUGUGCUAUAGGAGAGUUACUUCCCAUUUUCACUUGAGUGUGUGAGAAUAUAAUGACAUUGUUAUGUGAUAUCACUCUACCGUAAAUGCUUAUCUUACCAUCUCAUGCCCAUAAAAGAAUGUGUAUUUAUUCUAGCAACACUGUGAUUAAAAUGAUAAUAUUGCCCACGCCGAGCAUUAAAAAACGGAAAUCUGGUGAUAGACUACAAAAGCCGAUAUUGACCCCCUCAGUGCCGACAUUGCAAGGUCAUAGGUGAAUUGCUGUAUGAGUCGAUAGCGUGUGUCACAGGCCACCUCGUACCCAGACGAAAACCACAUUCCAAGCCGACUCCAAGCCGGAGAAAAGAGCCGUAUCGUCACGCUGCUUUGUUAAGUCACGGCUGAUAUACCUGCCUGCUGCCUGCCUGCUGACACGUGACGGACCGGAAGAGCUGGUGUGUCACGAGCUGAGAUAAGGGCAGGAGCAGGUCCUGUUUUAGCUGUAAGAUCCUGGGCCGGUGGCAGACACAUCUCCGAUGGCCAGAUAGCCUAGACACUCCUUUCGCUUAAACACACAGGCCUUCACCUGAGGAGAGUCGCAUGCCUGUCGUGACCACGAGAUUGAUGGCGCCCGUGUCGUUUGGUCGCAUUUUAGGCAUCCAGUAGGAAACGGCGACCUUUAGGUCCUACAGAGAUAAUGCCCAUUGUGAGUCGUUCUUCUCCUCACUUCCUGUGCGGCGGGUCACUGUUUGUGGUUAAACAAAGCCUUAGCUGAGUGUGUUCGUGAGUGUUUGUGUACAGCUAACACUGUCCAUACCAUGGUUCAAAGUUCACUAACACAAAGUUAAAAAUAGGGGGAAACACUGGCACACAAACACACAUACCGAUAGCCACGAGUUUUCUAAGUAAUAUUGUUAUAAGUCAUAGAAGUGACGUAUCUUUUUCAGGAACGGCUUGGCUGUCUCGCUCCCGUUCGUUUUCGGUACCUGAUGUUUACACUAUGUUUCGACCGUUGGUGGUUCAAGCAUCAACUUCCGCCCUGAGGUUUUUAGAUGUUUUUCCAGUCAUGAGUUUAUGCUCAGCGAUGUAUUAAAGCAAUCAAAGACUCACUGACCCACACGUGUUUGUAAAGAACUCUGUAAUGUUUGGUGUUUACCAAAUCGAAGCAGUGUCUCCCCAGGAAACUCACUUUGGCGCCCAACCUAUGUGGCCUCUGGGUGCUAAAGGAGUUGCUCCCCUUUCCCUCAGGACUGAUCCAGGAAGAUACAGGGCAUGGCUUGGAGCCUCACUGGUCUGAGAUCAGUACACCCCAAUCGGAGUCAGCUUCCCUCAGCUAGUUAACAAAACCUGUUAUCUGGCAUGUCCCAAUUGUCCAAGGCUCCAGAAUAUAAUACUUUAAUUCCAUGUCCUUUCCCUGGAGGCAAUGUGAGGGGAAGCUGCAUCUACAAAUCCAGUAAGCACUGGCUGGGAGGGAAUUUGGUGUGGAAGCUGCAAGCCCCUGCGUCUUCACACUGCUCCUGCACUGCACCAUGCUACCGGGAGUCACUGCGACCUUGACCAGCGUGUUCGCCUAUGCAGCUGACGGUAGUGGGUCCAGGGAGACCAUCCCAUAGCAUUUCAAACAGGGUUCCUAAUCUCUCUGGUUAUUGGUCCUCACUGCACCUCAUGAGCACGAGGAUGUAGUUCAUGCCAUUUGUCUUUUGUUCACUCACAUUCAUGUAUAUAUGUUGGUUUAUAUAUGAAAUAUAUAUAUUUUGUUAAGCCACAUCUAAUAGUAUUCUCAGGGGGCUUGUGUAUUAAACCAUCUCUCCAGGUGUAUUUGUAUCUCUUUAUCUAAAAUUAAAAAAAAAUCCAAAAUGUUCUAGCAAAUCUAAAGGGGUGGUGAGUUAGCUGAAUAUGCUGGCUCUUCUGUCUACUGUCUGUAUUCUAGUGUUGUGGAUCAAAAUUGAUUGUUGGCUAUGUAUUUUGGAACUGUUUUAAUUGUUUAAAAUAUCUAUCUGAAUAAAAUUUACCAAUAAACUCAGCAGCUGUAAACCAAUUUAAAUCUUUAAA